UCUACAGCCAUGGAGGCAGAGGAUGUCGGCGGCGUCACCAUUGUCAGACGGGCGGAGAUCGAUACCCGACCUCCCUUUCGGUCGGUUAAGGAGGCUGUCAUGUUAUUCGGAGAAAAAGUUUUGGUUGCAGAAAUUUAUGGCAACAAGCUCAAAGAGAUGAGAGUUGAAGUAGGAGAAAGCGGAAAAGGCCAAUCCAAGAUUGCAGUAUUAACGUCCGAGCUAGAAGAAACAAAGCAUAGCCUGCAAAGGACCAAAGACGAAGGCGACUUGAUGUCAUGCAGCAUAAAAGCAUUAAAAGAAGAGCUUGAAAGAACGAAAAAAGAUUUGCAGUUCAGGGAAAAGGAGUUUCAGAAGCAGCGAUUUGAGCCUGAGAAAGAAGAGUUCAAGUUCAUGGAAAAGUCAUCCAAAAAGAGUUUCAUAACUCAAAAUGAAGAGCCUGCAGAUGAGUUCCAAAAGAAGAGAUACGUGAAAUCUGCAAGCCCUCCUUCAUUAGCUCAAGUUGUUGUCAACAAAGAGGAAAUGGUGGGAAAACCAGUUAAGAAAGUAGGAAGGAAGCCAACGAUCUCCAUGAUUAGAUGGCUUUUUGCCAAGAAGAAAGGAAGUCGAGAAGAUGAUCAGUCCCCUAGAACAAAUGACUUUCAAAGGCAUUAGUAGUUGAGCUUGCAGGUACAAUUUGCUUGUUGGGUA